GACCCAGGCUCGUCCUUAGCCGGUCCCCAGCCUUACUUUCGUCCGCCUUCUUCAGGACUCGGCCCGCCCUCACCCUGGCCUCAUCAGUCCGCCUUCGCCUGCCGGCCUCACCCGCCCGGACAGCCCAGACAAGUUUAGAUCACUGGACCGGCAAUCGCAUCCGGCUGCUGCAGACAGUGGACACCGAGUACACCGCGGACUCGGUGGAAUGGUGCCCAGUCGACGGCUUCAGGCUCUUCCUGGUCUGCGGCACCUACCAGCUGCGGAAGCCAGAGGAGCCGCCCGCCGUCCAGGGUGGGCCAGACAUUGAGGAGCCUCAGACCCGUUUAGGACGUCUCUACUUAUACCGUUUCUUAGAGGACAAUUUAGGUUCACUGGUUGAGAUCCAAAGAAGAGAGACUUACGCAAUCCUGGAUAUGAAAUGGUGCCACCUCCCAGUGAGCAACAAUACCUUGUUGGGUGUGGCUGAUGCGAGUGGGUCCAUAGAGCUCCUGCGCUUGGUGGUAUCUGAGAAUGGACACAUACUCCAGCCACUUUGCCGCUUGGCCCUGGGGGAGCAGUGUCUAGCGUUGUCCCUGGAUUGGUCCACUGGGAAAACUGGAAGGACUAGUGAGCAGCCCUUGAAAAUCAUUACCAGCGACUCCAAGGGUCGUGUCCACCUUCUUAAAGUGAGCGAGGCUGGGUCCAAACUGCAGAACAUGGCCACAUGGCAGGCCCAUUCCUUCGAGGCCUGGAUUGCUGCUUUCAAUUACUGGCAGACAGAAAUCGUGUAUUCAGGUGGGGAUGAUGGCCUUCUGAGAGGCUGGGACACCAGGGUUCCUGCCACUUCUCUGUUCACCAGUAAGAGACAUUCCAUGGGUGUGUGCAGCAUCCAGAGUAACCCUCAUCGGGAAAAUAUUUUGGCUACAGGAAGCUAUGAUGAGCACGUUCUUCUGUGGGACACUCGGAACAUGAAGCAGCCAUUUGCAGACAUGGCCGUGCAAGGUGGGGUAUGGAGACUAAAGUGGAACCCCUUCCAGUACCAUCUGCUUCUGGCAGCGUGCAUGCACGGUGGCUUUAAGAUCUUAAACUGCCAAAAGGCAAUGGAGGACAAGCAGGAAAUGUGCACAAUCUCUCUGUCUCAAACAUUGCCCAACUCACUGUUGUAUGGAGCUGACUGGUCCUGGAUCUUCUCUCACCAUCCAUCACAGAUGCAGCAGAUCCACAGUGACGCAGGUGCCAGACUAGAUCUGGUCUAUAAUGUAAAACCUACUGUCUCUUAUGAUCGCCCAGAUGAGAAAGAGGAGCGGACCAAAGUGCAGGUGCCAUAUUCUCUCCAGCUACCAAUAGAGGAUAUGAGGAAGGAUGGCAGCCGGCUGCACACUGCAGGAAUCAGGACUCCUGGCUAUGACCUCUCUCUAGAAGGAGCAGCCUUAAACACCAGCCUCCUAGCUACUUGCACAUUUUAUGAUCACAUUCUUCAUGUCUGGAAGUGGGAGAACUGAGCUGGAAAAGCAGUUUGUUGUUUUGUUUUGUUUUGAAAUCAUAAGGGACAUUUCUAUAAGUAAAAUGGGAGUUUUAUUUUUCUUGUGAAUGAACUGCCCUUAAAAUUC